AUGGCAACAAAUCGUGAGCGCUCCGACUCGGAGGUGCACGACGAGAAGGGCUCCGCCCACACGUCCGACUCCUUACAAACGGCGACGGAGCCUUCACAACCGCCCCCGCAGGGUGAAAAGAUGUCGAGGCUUAACACGGAUCAGCUGUUGCCCUUGCCGGGUGACGACGAUAUGCGCCCCCAGACCAUGUCCCCCUCCGGCACGAGGGAGCAGGCGUCUCGUUUAAACGACGACCUGGAAUUACUGCGCGCCGAACGCUUUGUGUCAAAUCAGGAGCACGAGGGUCGCUCUCACAAAGGCAGAACCCACCAGGGCGAACCCGAAGACGUAUUCGCGGGCGACUUGAACCCAAAUCAACAGGAAGAGAAACCACCACCAGAGAAGAAGGCCGGCGCCUUUGCCUUCGCCAUUUGGAAGUGGCUUCGAAAGUUUCCCCGAUGCUUCAGAUACACGGUUUACAUGAUCCCCGGAGCGGCCCUCCUACUCAUCCCCGUUCUCAUGGGUGCUCUUGUUGUCAACCCCGAUAGCGCCACCGUCGGAGGUGCAACUGGUGUCUAUCUGACUUGGUUCGGUAUCUGGCUUGAGGUUAUCUGGUGCUCUCUGUGGACUUCCCGCAUGAUUACGAGUUUCAUCCCCCUCAUAUUCGGCGGCAUUGCCAUUGUAAUGGGGUCGUCUAACCACAAGAAGUGGAAGGAUGUCGGACAGGGUCUCGAGCUUCACACUGCCCUGUUCAUGUGGAUGCUUGCCAUCCUUUGCUCAUUCUCCCCUAUUAUCGAGGACCACCGCGUCGUUCCGGACGGCUUCGAUGGCGAUUCGUCCGACCUCCCCACACUUCAAUGGAUCGACAUCGUCCGCAAGGUUAUCAUCGCAUUGCUGGUGUUGGCUGCGCUCAACUGGGUCGAGAAGAUUUGCAUCCAAUGGAUCGCCACAUCCUUCCACCAACGUACCUACGUCCAGAGAAUCGAGACCAACAAGAGCGACAUCGACCACUUGGUCCACCUUUACGAGCACUCCAAGAUGCGCAUCGCCCGCGAGGAUUCCAUCUGGCAGACGACCGAAACCGGAGGUCCUUCAGGCUCCCGUACCCCCAUGGGCGUCGUUGGAAAGAAUGUCCGUUACGCCUUUAACAAGGCUGGAGGCGUGGCAGCCCGUGUAGGCAACGAUUUCAUAGGGCGAAAGGUUGCCUUCAACCAUGCCCGCAAGAUCGUCUAUGAGAUGCUGCGUAACACAGGUUCUGCCCACGCACUGGCCCGUCUCAUCUUCCGCAGUCUGGUCAAGGAAGGCCAAGACACUAUCUACCUCGAGGACAUGCAGGUUGCUUUCAAGACCGCGGAGGAGGCUGAGCACGCUUUCGGCAUCUUUGACAAGGAUCUGAACGGUGAUAUUUCCAUGGACGAGAUGGAGGGAACCUGCAACGAAAUUCACCUGGAACGCAAGGCCAUUGCUGCCUCCCUGAAGGAUCUCGACUCCGUCAUCAAGAAGCUUGACAAGGUCUUCCUCUUUAUGAUUGUCAUCAUUGCCAUCAUCGUCUUUAUCUCUAUCCUCUCUGGCUCCGCCGCCGCCGGCCUUGCCUCUGCUGGCUCUAGUUUCCUUGGUCUCGCUUGGAUGCUUCAGGCUACUGCUCAGGAGUUUCUCCAGUCCAUCAUCUUUGUCUUCGUCAAGCACCCCUUCGAUGUCGGUGACCGUGUCACUAUCUACGGCAACACGGGCACUCUCGGAACUGGCGACGACUACUACGUUACUGAGAUUUCUCUCCUGUACACCGAAUUCAAGAAGAUGGAGGGCCACAUCGUUCAAGCUCCCAACAGCGUGCUCAACACCCUGUUCAUUCUCAACCAACGUCGUUCUGCUGGUCUCGCCGAUCCCAUUGAGUUGAAGCUUGGUUUCGGCACUGACCCGGCUCUCAUCGAGGAGCUCAAGUCCCGCAUGCUCAACUUCUGCCUUGACAACAAGCGCGACUACCAGCCUCGUAUCAUUACCGAAGUCAGAACCCUCAACGAAGUCCAGUCUUUCACGAUGAACCUCAUUUUCUUCCACAAGACCAACUUCCAGAAUGAACUGCUCCGUCUCCAGAGACACAACAAGUUUGCAGCCCAGCUCAUGGCCGAGAUCCGCGACCUUGGCAUGCAGGGCCCUUGGCAGGUGCAGCCUGGUGGUUCCCGCGAGUACCCCUUGUUCUGGACUGGCAGUGCCCCCCCUCCAUCCUACAACUCCGCCAGCAACGCAGGCCCCAGCGACGGCCCACCUGCGACUCCCGACGGAGGCCACUCCCAAAGAUCUGUUCCACACCGCGCCGUGGCUACUCGCUCGCGUGCCGACUCGCGCGGCAACGUUCCUUUUGUCGACGAGAACUGGAGCGACUUCCAGGACGUCUUCGAAUCUCGUAGGGAGGCACAGCAACCCCACGUUUCUCGUCUGCAGAGUAUUCGAGAGCGUGCCGAUCUCGAGCCUGUUGCGAGCAGUAGUUCGGUGGCGCACCCCGGAAGACAAAGUAUCGAUUCCGGUACCGGGUCCCAACGGCGUAAAUUCUGGGGCAGGCCGCGCAGUUCCAGCAGGGCGAGGACAGGCGAUAUUGUGUAA